UUCCUGGGUUUGGGAUCCCUGCUCUUCCAUACAAGGAAACAGUGCAGUGUCAGAGAGGGGAGGGCAUGUGACGGGACCAUCCCAACACAAAGAGAGUCCCAUCCAUCCCCUGACUUUGUAGAGCCUGUAGCCUUUGUAUGGGUGUUUCUGGCUGUCAGACACCACACCCCUCUGUGCUAGAAGCUCAGUAAUCAGGAAAAGCUCCUGCUGCACAGGAACAUCCACUGCUUGUGCCUGGAAGGAACUGAAAUCAAGGAAACCGUCUCUAUAUAGUCCCUGUAGCUUCAUAAUGACAACCAAGCGCAUCACUCUAAAAGGGCCAGCGCCUUGGGGAUUCAGGCUGGUGGGAGGAAAAGACUUUGAUCAACCUUUAACCAUCUCUAGGGUGAACCCAGGGAGCAAGGCUGCAUUGGCUGAUAUAUGUAGUGGAGAUGUUGUGACAGCUAUUGAUGGAGAAAACACAGAUGGGAUGACUCAUUUAGAAGCACAAAAUAAAAUCAAAGGCUGUGAAGAUGAACUCUGCCUCCUGAUAAACAGGAUCGAGUCUAAAAUAUGGUCGCCUCUUGUAACGGAAGAAGGCAAAGCAAACCCAUAUAAGAUGAAUUUGGCAUCAAAUCCUCAGAGACCUGUCAAAUUUCAGCGUGCUUUCAGCAUGACUUACCAGCCACUAAAAUCGCCAACAGACUCCAUCAGUCCUGUUUCUCCUUCUGCCAUGUUUAAAGCUCCUUUGGCUUCUGUCUAUAACCCUCUUCAAUCACGUGGUGCCCCUGGCUCUUUGCUAAGGAGGCACAGCACCUCCUCUAUCCCAAACCAAGUGCGAGUGGUACCCGAAGAGUUAAAACAAGCUGCACAGAUCUGUCCCACCAGCCCUGUGGAGGUGGAUGUUCCCGGACUCAAAGUCACCCACAUCCAGUUUAACUCCCCAUUACAGCUCUAUUCCCAGGAAAACAUUAUGGAUACAUUGCAGGGGCAGAUCUCUUCCAUUAACCCAACUUACUCCAGCAUUGGGCAGCCGCAGCCAACCGGUACUCAGGCCAUUGACAAGGAUUCUGAGGUUUACAAGAUGCUGCAGGAGAACCAAGAGGCCAAUGAACCACCGAGACAAUCAGCUUCCUUCCUGGUACUGCAGGAGAUUUUAGAGACCGACGAGACAGAUUUUGAGGGCACAGAAAUUGCAUACACAGGUCCUGCAAGUAACCAUGUUAUAGAUCAAGGGGAGAAACCUUCUGGGUUCCGUAGUGUAAGAGCUCCUACUACCAAAGUGGCUGCCUCAAUCGGCAGUGGACAGAAACUGCCCAUAUGUGAUCACUGUGGAAAUGGGAUUGUGGGUAUCUUUGUGAAGAUCCGGGACAAGCCUCGUCACCCCGAAUGCUACGUGUGCUGUGACUGUGGAAUGAAUCUCAAACAGAAGGGGCACUUUUUUGUAGAGGAUAAGAUGUACUGUGAAAAGCAUGCCCGGGAACGUAUGACACCGCCUGAAGGAUACGAAGUGGUGGCAGUGUUUCCAAAAUAAACACAACCUCUCUGCAGCUGAAAAGUGACAUUCUGUAGCCUGUUUUAAUGCUAAGCAAGGCCUCUGUGUAACUAAACAUGAAUGUUUGCAGUAAAGCUUCUUGAGAAAAUACCAGGGGUGACUUAUCAAAACUGUCUACAAGUUAAUCUGGCCUUGCUGCCUAUAGCAACCAAUAUGAGUCCUCAGCGCCACAUAUGUCCAUAGGUUGUGUCUGGUAUUGCAACUCCACGGAAGUGAAUGAGACUGAACUGCAAUACCAAAUACAACCUGUGGACAGGUGUGGCCCUGUUCAUGAAAAAAAAAUACAGCCAUGGAAAAAUAAAAGCUACCCUGUGAUUGCCUGCCUUGCAAAACUAGGCCAGUUUUACUUUUAGACCGUUUUGAUAAAUCUGCCGGUGGACGCCUGUGGAAACUUUCUACAUGAUGGUAAUUUCAAACCAACAUCUAUGAUGUUUUUUCAUCUUUGCUUUUGUUGAUAUUCAAUACAGAAAAUCUUUAUUACAGA